ACAGAUGAGAGGCAAGAAAGGGGGGCAAAAAACAGUAUAGCUCCGCAAAACCCUGCGCUGAGAAACCUCAGAGUGGCUGGUUUCUGUGUUCCAGGCUCUUCUUCGUUGGUUUGACAAUGGCGGGUGGCCGAUUCCGUCAGAUCGUGAAGAAGUAUGGAAAAGUUGCGCUUGGAGUUCAUUGUUCUGUCUCUGCUGUCUCCAUCACAGGCCUCUUCAUUGCAAUCAAGAAUAACGUUGAUGUUGAAUCUGUUCUUGACAAGUUCCAUGUAGGCGGUGUCUCCCCCAAAGACGAUGAUCAUAAACCGACAAUUCCUUUUAGAGAAGCUGAUGGGUCUGCGGUGCUCAACGAGACGCCUGCAUCGGCACCGAUGACCCAAGAGAAGACGAGGAAUCGGACGGCUGAGCUCGCGGCCUCCUCAGGCGGGGCUUUCGCCUUGGCUUUGCUCUGUAACAAGGCUCUCUUCCCCAUUCGAGUUCCCAUCACCAUUGCCUUAACGCCUCCUAUCGCGAGGUUCUUGGCCAAGAGGAAUAUUAUCAAGGCUGGUUUUUGAGUUCAGUCAGUUCUCUCUCUCUGAUUGUUCCCCACUGCCUCUUUUGAUUUAAGGAAAGAUUGUAGACGUUGUAGCGCCAGAUUAUGGGAUUGAUUUCAGUAUUGGAUUUUGGUCGACAUUGA